CCUUGAGUCCGGCGUGAGGAUCUCAAGUCUAGCUCACUUCGGUGCGGCGUCGCUCGCGUCCGCACUCACGCCCGCUCGCACUCACGUGAAUCCCGCCUCCUCCUUGUCGCGCAGGAUGUCAUCAGGAAGUCGCCGUGCCACCCGCCACCAGCAGGAGAAAGAUGACGAGGUGCCACAGUGGAUUCCGGGUCUGGGGAGUGACAAGCCCAAGCCCAGAACACUCGGGACGUCCUUCUUUGGGUAUGUGCCCGACGCCUUCGUCGAGAAGACUCCGUACCUGCCCUCGGAGAGAACUGCCGACAGUGCCAAAAAACAGGCAGAGUUGGAAAAGAGUACAGGACAGCGGAGUGAGAGCGCCAGUGAGAUCAGUGAGCAAGACGCUACAUCGCAGCGAGACAUGGACGCGAGCAGCGACGAGGGCGUGGUGACCGAGGAGGUGAUCGUUCCUCGCCGGGUCAUGAGCAGCGCAGCCGAGCCGUGGAAUACGGACGUCUUGGACGGGGUAGAGCAGUUAGGCAGAUAG